AUGCUCGCAAGCGCUGGUCGCUUCGCUACCAUCGCGGCCUUUCUCCUGCCUCUGGCCGCCACUGCCCCAACUCCCACCGCCGAUGCGACCGCCCCGUCGAAAGCGACGCCUUUGCACAUCCGCCCUACUCCCCGAAUCCUCCCUCUCUCCGCCUUGAGCCACAUCUUCGAUCACGACGCUCAAAUCAACGCAAGUUCGACAGCACAAGAAGGCGGAACCCUAGUCGCGCGAUCGAUGCUACACAGCGAGGCGUCGCUGGUCGAGCGAGACUUGUUUGGAGAUCACCCUGAAGACGAGGACACAACGCUGGAAAAGCGACGACUCCAAAUUCGCGCUUCCUGCCUCGACUCGACUGCGACUGAUGCGACGAUCUCGUCGCUCUUCUACUAUGGCGGACAAGGGACGACAGUCUUCCUCUGUCCCGGCGCUGUCAUCUCGACCACGAACGCUAUCUUCUUCACCGCUCCACAGCAGACCUUGACGACAUACGGCAAUCCGACGGGCAGCACCCGCGCGACUAUUCGCGUCACGGCCAACAAUCAGAGCUGCGCGGUCUACGGCGCAUGGCCUGGCGCGAACAACGUCGUCCUGCGAAACAUCCAGGUUGACGGCAACCGGCCUGGUCUCGGGCUUCUGCAGGGCGGGUUGGCGCUUCUCGAGUUCGGCGGCAACACCGUCGGCCAGGUCAUCACACAGAUUCGGGCUUUCGAACCUCGCGGGUGGUCUUGCCUGCACGCUGCCGAAGGCGACGGCAACCAAUGUAGCAGCAUGACGAUCAGCAACAACGCUAUCGGUCCUUCAGGACACGCCCCUUCGAGCGCCCAGCAGUUCCGCAAGCGAGACUCGACCGGCUCCUAUGGACCGUACAACUGGGCCGACGGCAUCUCUAUUGCUUGCAAGGCGAGCUCCGUCACGGGCAACACGGUCACCGAUGCGACGGACGGCGCGAUCGUCAUCUUUGGCGCUCUCGGCAGCAACAUCCAGGGCAACAUGGUUAUCUCGAACGACCGGCAGCUCAUGGGCGGCAUCAACCUCGUCGAUUUCAACCCGUACGGCGGCUCCUUCGCAGGCACUGUCGUCCAGUCAAACACGGUCAUCGCAAACGCCAACUUCAUCAAGGUCGGAGUCGCUGUUGGUGGCCUCGUCUGGGGCAGCGACAACCGGACGGCAUCGCGGACGUACGGCGGGACGAUCAAGAACAACGUCUUCCGCAGCGGCUCGACCGGUUACUUUGGCUAUGCAAUCGCUGCGAGCGGUCACAACAGCACGACCAUCAUCGGAAACUCGGCUCGACAGGCCAACUUUGGCGGCGUCGAGUCCUCCGCCUGCUUCACCUCGCUCUUCCCGCUUCCUCCUCGCCAAGCCUUCGUCGACAAUCCCUGGACGACCCCCGGCUCGACGCUCCAGGCGGGUUUCUACAAGAACCUCGCCUUUGGAUUCGCUAUCUGCCUUGCACCGGGUCGGAUCACCGUUCGAGGCAGUCCGUAUUAG